AUGCAAACACUGAUGAUUUCUAUGAGCUCCCGAGAAAAACGGAAAAGUCCAAAAAAGUUCCGACGACAUAGUGAAAUGGAGUAUCUCGCACCAUUUCCAUCCCCUUAUGCAGCUCAUCCAUCUAUAAAACCUCCUGAAUGCCCUUCAGGUCCUCCUGGCUUACCAGGAAGACCAGGUAUGGAUGGAGAGCCUGGGAUAGAUGGUCUACAUGGCAAAGAUUUUAAUUAUAUGAAAUUGUUAACUCAAAACUGUAUUCUGUGUCCAGUUGGUCCACCAGGUGAACCAGGAAUGGAGGGAUCGGAAGGAAUUCGAGGACCACCUGGACUAGUGGGAUUACCUGGAGAAAAUGGGGAAUCUGGAAUGAUGGGAUUAGUGGGUGAUGCUGGUAGAAAUGGUUCUCCAGGAGAGCAGGGUGAUGAUGGGAUAACAGGAGAGCCCGGUCUUAUUGUCAUGAAAAUGAUGAACACUAAAGGGCCGAAAGGGCCAAUCGGUCCUCCUGGUCUAACAGGGCAACCUGGAAUGCCUGGUCGGAUAGUUACAGCACCACCUGGUUCUAUUGGCAUCAGAGGAAAACCUGGUAAAAAUGGACCAAAUGGAUACCAAGGAAUGAUCGGAAGGAUUGGAACACAGGGAGAACCAGGUCUCGAUGCAUCAUAUUGUCCUUGCCCGAAUCGAUCUUUCGAGAUGCAGAAAAUGGUUGAUCCUGCUCCGGAUAAGAAAAUUGCAUAUGAUUAUUAUGAGUUUGAUUCAGAAAAAGCAAAACGAAAUAAGAAGUCUAUAUGA